AUGUCCUCACAAUCCAAGCCUCUCCCGCGUCCGAGCCCUGCCCACGUCCAGACAAACCUGGGCAUGCAACGUCCUGCCGCAGCUCCCCCCUCGGCAAUCAGCGCGUCCUCGAAGGCCUCCAAUUCCCAGCAUGGAUCUCCCAUCAUGUCUCCAGAAUCUCUCUUCACCACCAAUUCCUCCAUACAAGCAUCGCCGGACUGCAUACGGCCUCAGCUCGAUGAUCCGGUCUCCUCGGGGUUCCAGCUGCCCGAAGCCAUCAUAUCCCGAAGAACCAGCGCGAACUCUCUCGGGCCCAGCUGUUCGGGAAGCCCCGGCGCUCCUGCCGACGGCCUGAUUCGACGGAUAUCCAGCCGAGCAUCAAGGCGGCUCUCUAGCAAAGGGCGCCAGAACUCGGCUGCCCCCUCGAGUCGCGAAACGAGCGUUGGCCCCUGCUUCUGGCGGAAACGCAGCGACAGCAGUGUGACCGUCCCCGAAUUUGGUCUCGUCAACACGGACUCCGAGUCUGAUAUGGAAGACGACUGGGUUUCCUGGUCCGCAAACUAUUUCGACGGCACCCGAGACUCGCCGACUGACAGCACCACUGGCUCCAUCAGCAGCAAAUCGAACACCAUGGAAGGCCCUGUCAUCCCGCUGCAGCUGAAGCAGGGGACCCUACUGAAGAAGGUGUCCAAGAAGAACCGCUCCAAGCUCGUACUCCUCUCGUACGACCCCGAGACGAACAAGCUAUUGUGGGAUCGUGCGCGCCCACACAAGUUCCUCCAUGUCGACGAGAUCAAGGAGAUUCGGACAGGGUCGGAUGUCCAGCAGUACUGCCGCGACUUUGGCAUCCCGGAAUGGGAGCGCUCGAGAAUGUUUUCUAUUCUCUAUGCCGUCCCUGAUAAGUCAAAGUUCAAGUUCCUUCAUCUCAUCGCCGAUGUCACCGAAAUCUACCAGAUGUGGACCACCUUUCUGUAUGACAUGCUGAGGCAUCGCCAGGAGGUCAUGACUUCUUUGAUGACCUUUAACGAGAAGGCAAUCAAUCAAUACUGGCAAUCAGAGAUGCAGAAGCACAACUCGGAAGAUCAGGAAGAGCUCGAUAUCACGGGCGUCAAGCGGAUAUGCCAAAACUUACACAUCUACAGCUCGCAGGCAAUCCUUGAAGUCAACUUCCGCCUCGCCGAUGCCCGGGGCCACGGAAAACUCAACUAUCCCGAGUUCCUCAAGUUUGUGCGUCUCAUGCGGCAGCGGCAUGACGUGCGCCAACUCAUGAAGAGUAUAGCAGCAAGGCCUGAGGUUGGACUCACCCUUGACGAGUUCCUCGACUUCCUUCGGAAUAUUCAGAAGGAGGACGUCUCGAACCGCGCUGCCUGGGAGAAGACCUUUACCAAGUUUGUCCGCAAGCACAGAAAUGACGACCCGAGCGCCGAGGUCAGCGCUGAGGAUCUCAGCAUCAUGUCAGAGACGGCCUUCAUUGGGUUCUUGAGCUCCAGGCAAAACAUGCCUACCAUAGAUGAGCAGCAGGAGUUUACGCUUGACCGCCCCAUGAACGAGUACUUCAUCUCUAGCUCACACAAUACCUAUCUUCUGGGACGCCAAGUUGCGGGUCAAUCCAGCAUCGAAGGAUACAUUUCAGCCCUCGUGAGAGGAUGCCGCUGUGUUGAAGUCGACUGCUGGGAUGGCAAUGACGGCCAGCCCUCCGUUGUUCAUGGCCGCACACUCACCAGCGCCAUCAGUUUCCAGGAGGUCAUGACCACCAUUCAAAAGUACGCAUUUGUCAAGUCAAAGUUCCCUCUCUGGAUCUCGCUCGAGGUACACUGCAACCCUACGCAGCAGGCCAUCAUGGCCAAGAUCAUGAAGGACACGCUCGGUGACAUGCUUGUUACGGAGCCAUUGGAUCCCAACUCGUCCAAGCUACCUUCCCCUUCGGAGCUAAUGGAGCGUAUCCUCAUCAAGGUCAAACAGCCACGGAUGAGCAAGGAUGAUGCCGCCAGUGGCGACGUAUUGAACACCCGAAAGCGAGGAAACAGUCUUAGCUCUUCGUUCACACGACCAGCCAACUCGGAUCCUCCUGCGCUUUCUACCUCCCAAUCGGUUCCUCAGAGCCCUCUCCUUAAUCCCAGCAACUCCCGUAACCUGAAGUUUGCUGGAAAGAGCCGGGUCAACACCAUCGCCGAAGGCGAGGUGCAAGAACCGCAGGCAAAUGCCAACAGCGACACUGACAGUGGGAGCGAGCAUGGCUCGUCCAAGGGAUCCAACAACAUUGUUCCAGUGCUGGGCAAGCUGGGAGUGUACUGUGCUGGCCUCAAGUUCUCAGGUUUCGAUGCACCGGCGGCCAAGAAGUUCAAUCACAUAUUCUCCUUUAUGGAGAGUAGCUUUGCCAAACAUGCCCGGACCAAGGAGGAGAAGAUGCAGUUGGACAUUCACAAUAUGCGCUACCUCAUGCGCGUUUACCCAGAUGGCGCACGGUUGACUUCAAGUAACUUUGACCCCAUUUCCUACUGGCGUCGCGGCGUCCAGAUGGCCGCCUUGAACUGGCAAACGUUUGACCUGGGUAUGCAAGUCAACCAGGCCAUGUUCGAGGGCGGCACAGACUCGUCUGGAUACGUCCUCAAGCCGCAAGAGCUCCGCGACAUCCAAGUGCUUCCAUACAAUCAGGCCGUCAACGAGGCUCUUGCCCAGGGCAAGAAGGAGCGGUCCGUCGUAUCGUUUGGCAUCGACGUCAUCUCCGCCCAACAGCUGAUGCGGCCCGCAAACUUGGCUGCAAGCAAGUCGAUGGACUUUUACGUCGACGUCGACGUGUUCCACGCAAACGACAAGCGCAACAAGAAAGACAGGGACCUUGAGCUGUGCCAUGAGCCUGACUCGCCUUUACUUCGUCACACCGAAGUGAUCCGCGAGAAUGGCUUCAACCCAAUGUUCAACAACGGCCAGUUCCGCUUCAAGGUUACAACCAAGCACCCAGAGCUGAUCUUUGUUCGCUGGUCCGUCAGACUGUCUAGCGAUGGCGAAAGCUACAGCAGCAGCUCCAAGGAGAAGCCCCCGAUGGCCAGCUACACCGCCAAGCUGAGCAAUCUCAGGAAUGGAUACCGCACGCUGCCGCUCCUCAACCACGCUGGAGAGCAGUAUUUGUUCUCCACCCUCUUUUGCAAGAUUGACGUUGAUCCUAUCGAGAAGAAAUACAUUGACGUUCCCCAAACCGCGCAAGAAGGAGGCAGCAAACUCAACCGCUUGGGCGGUAGGGUAUUCGGACGAACCAGCGGAAGCCCCCGGAGCACCAUGGAAAAGGGCAGCGCGGAGAAGCGCAGCUUCGAGAGCAACUGA